AUGUUUUCAGAGUAUGCGUCACGGUUCCUGGCCCAGUCGCAGUCGAGGUUCUCCAACUUUGCUGGACAGCCGGCCGACGUGACCGACGACAGCCACAAUCGCAGCCGCAACUCCACACAGCGCUACGACGACUGGGGCGCUCCGAAUGCCGGACCCUCGCGACGAGGCCAGGGACCCCAUCGAUCCUACCUAUCCCGCGGCAACCCUUACCAUCAGAACGGCGCCGGCUCUAGAUUCGGCAACCUCGCCUUUGCAUCCCGCAUAGCCGCACCCCAGGAUGCCCCCCUCUUCCACAGCACACUCGACGAGUUCCGCGAAGAGGACGAUGAGCAGGAGCGUGACCGGGAGGCGGCCGACCUGUUUGCCCUGCAGCGGUCCCGUCGGGUAGCCGCCGCGAGCAAGCUUGCCGAGAGUACGGAUUCCGAAGCCCAGAGCCGUGCGUCCAUCGACGACAGCGAGACCACCGAUAACCCCUACCGGAACCGUCACCGUGGCAUCAGGAGUAGCUGGACGGGUACACGGAGCACGACGAGGCCUCGUCUCGCAGACGAGGACGCUCUGCGUGAAGAGGACGAGGAAGAGGACCGUGCCGCAGGCAUCGCUAUCCACGACGACGAUAACGGCAACGACGACGAUAGUGAGCAUAGCCGCGAUGACGGCAGGGGCAGGAUGGUCGACGUCGGGCUCGAGUCCCGCGCCGAUUUGGACGAUGACCCCCCCACAUCACUGCUGGGCGACGCUGACGACUCGAGCCCGCCUCCCUUUCAGCGGUUCAAGGCCGAGUCGGAGAGGGAACCCUUCAUGGCCAACGAGAGCGACGACGCAGACGACAUGCAGAGCAGCGUUCCUCGGUCCUUGGUCGACGAGGAGCAAGAGACCGCCCAGACCACGAUUCUCUCCCCAGAGGGCGAGAUAUUCCACCACGACCCUUUCUUCGCCUGGAUCUUCCUCAUCUGCUUUGCCGGCAUGAUAUCGACAUUCGUUCUCGUCUGGCUCAACACGGCUCCCCAGAGCAGUCCGGUCGGCGACACCAUCUACAUGACGCUGCAGAAGUCAUUUAAUAUGCUGGCAGUCGACACGGUGGUGGCGAUCCUAGUCUCGUUCGUCUGGCUCGCAGCCCUGAGGUCCUUUGUGCGGCCCCUGGUCAACAUCAUCCUCAUUGCUGUGCCCAUCAUCAUGCUGUCCUUUUCGCUCUAUACCUUUAUCUCGUCGUUCAAGGGCCAGACGCACGGGUCGAGCAUCCAGGACAAGGUGAUGCGCUGGCUGGCACUGGUCCCCGCCUUCUCGUGCAUCAUGUGGCUCUGGCUCGUUGUCAAGGGACGGAGAUCUAUCCAGCAGGCUGUCGAGAUCUUGCAGUUCUCAAGCAAGAUCCUCGCGCAGAAUUCGGGACUCCUGCUUGUCGGGUUCGGGUGCCUGGCCCUGAUUGUCGUGUGGACCUGGGCGUGGCUGGCCAUGUUCACGCGCGUCUUCAUGGGCGGCUACUUCUCCAAGAGCCUGGUGCGGUUCGUGAUCCGCCUGUCGAGCUGGUGGCUGGGAGCAGCCUUCGUGCUCAUGUACAUGUGGACCCUCUCGAUAAUCAACGCGGUCCACAGGGCCACGACGGCGGCGACCGUGUCGCAGUGGUACUUUCACCGCAACGCGGGGCCCGCGACGCCGUCCAAGGAGAUUGUGGCGGCGGCGCUGCACCACGCAGCGACGUCCAUCUUCGGCACCAUCUGCGAGUCGACGCUGCUGUCGCUCCUCGUCCGCGCGCCCCUGAUCUUCCUGCCCCGGCGCCUGGGCAUGACGAUUGCCAACAUCGCCUCGUUCUGGAUCCCGACACCCAUCACCGCCCUCACCAACCCCCUGACCGUAACGUACGCGGCCAUCCACUCGCACAACCUAUCGAGGUCGGCGCGCGGGCUGGAGCAGAUGGAGGUCAUCUCCCCCGCCAUACCGACAACGACGCUGACGCCCAGGUCUCUGCGCGUCCGGGGCGAGGGCAACGGACUGCUCCCCUACCGCCUCGCCAAGCUCCUCCUCGUGGCCACGCGCCUCAUCAUGGCCACGGCCCUGGGAUUUGCCGGGUGGGUCAUGACGGCCAAGCAGCUGCGCGUCCAGCUGCCCGACGGCAUGGGCGUGCGCGGCUCCGCGUACGCCUACGUCGUGGGUCUCAUGGCCAGCUUCAUCGGGUACUCUGUCAUGGGCGCCAUGGAGGGUAUCCUGAGCGGCAUCGUCGACGCGGUGCUCAUCUGCUACGGGAGCGAGCGGAGGAUGGAGAGGGGCCACGGGCGGUUCUGCCUCGAGGCCGCGUACCUCUUUGGUGAGCGGCGAGGUGGUGAGAUCGGAGGGUACGCCUAG